AUGCCCAAUACGGACGAGGACGCCGCGCUGCAGGCGAUUGCGACCCUGGACCCACUGUCUGGGGAUCAGCAAGCUGCGCUGCACGCCAUCAGUGCCAUCGUCAAUGACGGAGAGCCGUUCGUCGAUGUUCACCAGCUUUUCGGACACUAUAGCAAGCUGUAUUUCAGGGACCUCUUGGUGCCACGCGUCGAAGUGAUAUGGUCACCGCGACUGACUCUAUGUGCUGGCAUCUGUGAACUUUCGAAGGAUCCUUCGACCAACAAACUCACGCGUAUACGCCUGAAGCUGAGCACCCCUUUGUUGCAGUACCGUCCGCGUUCUGACACGAUCGAUACGUUGCUACACGAAGCCAUACACGCUUACUUCUUCAUUACAACGUCGUGGAGGCACUCAAGGGGCGACGAUGGCACAGGGCACGGUGUGGGGUUCCAGCUGCUUGCAGAUGCUAUCAACAAUCAUGGCGGUUACGGAGUCACCAUUUACCAUACGUUCCACGAUGAAGUAGACAGCUACCGAACGCAUGUUUGGCAGUGCGAUGGGCCAUGCAAGACUCGGCCACCUUUCUUUGGCCAGGUGAAGCGUAGCAUGAACAGAGCGCCCAGUAAAACCGACAAUUGGUGGGCGAAUCACGUAGUGGAAUGUGGAGGGACGUACACAAAGAUCAGUGAACCAGAGCUUACCAAGAAGCAGCUCCAGAACCUGAGCAGCAAAGAGAGAGCCGGACGACAGAGGAACAAGCUCGACAGCUGGAUCUCGACAUCAAUUAACAAGAAAAUCCGCGGAGCUGGAGGUGAAACAUCUGAUAAGCCCAUUGCUCUGGAUAAAGAGGAUGAAACUUCUUCCAGUGCGGUGGUUGAAGACGUCGUAACCUCGAACUCUAGCACAAGCCAGAAAAGGCCCCGCGCUGAGGACAACGACGCGCUUGUUGUGAGGAAGAAGACGCUCGUCCAGUGUCCAAUCUGUGCGAUGCGAGUUGCGGACACGGACAUCAACGAUCAUCUAGAUCUACUGCAUCCUUGA